AUGGCUUCCAAAGAACCUAAAACAAAAUCGAUAGUGGAAAAAAUUGCAAAUUUAUUGUUCAAUGAAAAUAUUGGUACAAGCACUCAAACAUGUAAUUUUUAUGCAACUCGAAAUCAGACUGACAAAAUUAGUUUUGCCCGUCUUGGAAAAGGACUUCUUUUAUUUAUUUACAUUUAUGAAACGGCAAAAGAUAAAUUAGCAAUUGAAAUGGCACUUUGGCAUCGUCGUCUGUGUUUUGAUAUGAUCAAAACUGGAACUUGUUCUAAACCAUCGGGUAAAUGCCAUCGUGAACAUCAAUCGAUAUAUUGA